AUGUUGCCACGGCUGACGUGGCCCAUCAAUGGUGCCUUCUAUGACUAUUCUGAAUGUUCUGCCGGGGCUGGCAUUUGUGGCGUUUGUGGCAGUCGGGCGGGUGAAGGUGCAAAAUGUUCAGCAACAGCAGACUGCGCAGAAGAUCUUUGUUGCGGUGGCCUUCUUGAAGGUCGCAUUUCCGUCAACUGCCAGGGCGCCUGCGUCAAAAGGACCCCAAGUGCUUGCCCAAGCUUGGUGGACAUGAGCGCAUUGACCGAAGUGGUGGACAGUUUCGUGAAGUUCGCUAGAGAUUUCGGCCAGUGCAUGAUCGAGGAGGUGGUUGAACCGUGGCUGGAGGACGAGUACGGCUGCAGAUUCAGUGCCUCCCCCCAAAAGAUGACGGCGUCCCUCACCUGCACGCAGCUCGACCCGGAAAGGGCGCGUCGCCUGGCGGCCAGGGACGAGACGGGAUCCUGGGCUCGGCGCUUUGGAUAUGCGGACGCAAGGGCAGCCCGUCUCUACCGACUCGGACCCGAAACAUUUGGGCCAAGCCCUGGGCUCGGGCUUGGCCCAGGCCGGCAGCUGUUGGGCAUCGGCUCCGCAGAGGAACCUUCCACCAGCCAGCUGGGCUGCAGAGAGACCCAGUACUGCAACGCCGGAGCCAUCCUCAGUGUUGGUGAAGCAAAU